AUGAAAGCAAUUCCAAGUAGAAUUGCCCACAUUAUCACAGAUAAUACCGUAGAAAUUCGAACAGAUUUUCAAGCAAAACUGGUCUCAUUGCCUGAGCCAUCUCAAACCGUGGAUUUCCGGUUUACAGCGCCCCCAUCAAAUCAGUUCAAACUGAUCGCAUCUUCAUUCUUGCAAAAUAAAAGGAAAAAAAUAGAAGGAAAUAUCAAAAAGAAUCGAAAGCAAUCGAUUUUGUUGACUCGAGGCAUUAAAAAAUUCAAGAAUAACAAAAAGGUGCUUCAAAAGAAUUCAGAAGGAACAACAGAUCGAGAUAACAAGAAGUCAUUUAGGAAUUCGAAAUUUCGGCCAUCUACUGAAUUUUGGAGACGGAAUCGUCAAAGUUUUGCAACAACCAAUCAUUCCGAUACAGAAAAGCAAAUUAUUAAUUUGAUGAAUUUCCAAAGGCUAAAAAACAUUGAAUAUCAAAACAAUGAAACAAAAUCUGUUGCAGUGGACCAACGAGAAAUAAUGGGAAGUGAAAAUGAACGAUACGAACAAAUUAAAUCACUUACUUCGAGAAAAGGCAUGAAAGCGAUCUUACCUAUGAGUGAAGCAAAAGGUGAUGAUGAUUUUGACUUAUUGAUAAAUCCAGAAACAAAUUAUCCCGACAUGUUGACACCAAAAUCAUCAAUUUGGUCUGAUCACAUGCAGUUUAUCAAUAAAAUGAAUAAACGCAUGGAGCAUGAUAAACAAAAACAAAGAGAACAUCAAAGUUUGAAUCCAGACUGCGUUAGAAGUACCGCCAUUAACAAUCAGCCAUGGAACCCAAUGAACACUAUUGUACAAUUAGGAAAAAUUGGGACACCUCAGAUACCGAUAGUAAACCGGUUCCCGUUUCUGGCAUCACAGGAUCAACUAAACUACCAACAAAAUCCAGUGAGCUGGGAUAGGGUAUCCAUAUUCCAAGGACCAACAGAUCAAUUUGUCACACCAAUUAUACCUGCAAAUGGUAUUUUCAAUAAUUUCGUACAUAUGGGCCCGUCUGCUUUAAACCUUCCAUGGAUGCCAAAUCGAGGAAAAACUAUGCACCAAUUAUGGAGAACAAUUAAUAGUAGCACUUGUAGGGAAUUUAAUGAACUUGAACAAUCCAUAAAGAACUCUGCAAGUCCCAUGUAUACAGGAUAUGCCGAACCUGCCUUACGAACUCUUCCUCUACCAACAGCUACAUCAAUCCCAAAAACUAAUCCACUUUUUGAUGAUUUUCGAUUUUAUAAUGGUGUACCAACAAUGAAAACGACAAAAUCAAACGAUCAAAACACUGGUAGCGGAACUAGUGUUCACGGUAAUCAGCAACAACAAAAAGAUCAAAGAACUCAUCUCGAAAUGAAGUAUCCCAUUAAUCCGAAAAUGAAUACAAGUGAAACAAUGGAUUCAAUGGGGAAUCAGUAUCAGCAUCGGAAUUUUUGA